AUGGGAGCCCGCAUUCAGGUGCCUGGUGGAGCCGUCGCUCUCGCCGCUGCCUCCAAUCCCAACCGGGUUGAGGCCCCCGUCACGACCAAGGCGUACCUCUUGUGUGUAUUCGCGUCGUUCGGUGGUAUCCUCUUCGGAUAUGACUCUGGGUACAUUUCAGGUGUCAUGGGAAUGCCCUACUUCAUCAACCUCCACACCGGUCUCCAGAUCCCCGGCGCAAACGCAUCUCAGGCCCAGAAGGAUGCCUUCACCCUCUCCGCCUCCAACAAAUCCCUCAUCGUCUCUAUCCUCUCCGCCGGUACAUUCUUCGGUGCCAUCAUCGCUGGUGACUUGGCCGACUACUUUGGACGUCGUUUGACCAUCAUUUCCGGCUGCAUCAUCUUCGCCGUUGGUGUCAUUCUCCAGGUCGCUUCCUACUCUGGUUUGGGUUUGAUCAUUGCUGGUCGUCUUGUCGCCGGUCUCGGUGUCGGAUUCGUCUCGGCCAUCAUCAUUCUCUACAUGUCCGAGGUCGCUCCCCGCAAGGUCCGGGGUGCCAUCGUCUCUGGCUACCAAUUCAACAUCACCAUCGGUCUCCUCCUCGCCGCAUGUGUUGUGUACGCCACCCAGGACCGCCUCGACACCGGUUCCUACCGUAUCCCCAUCUCCAUCCAGCUCGCCUGGGCCAUCAUCCUCGGUGGUGGUAUCGCCCUCCUCCCCGAAUCUCCCCGGUGGUACGUGAAGCGCGGACGUCUCGAUGACGCUGCGCGCGCCCUCGCCCGGAUCCGUGGUCAGCCCGCCGAGUCAGCCUACAUCCAGGAGGAACUUGCCGAGAUCGUCGCCAACCACGAGUACGAGAUGGAGCUCUCCCCCCAGGGUGGCUACUUCUCGUCUUGGGCCGCUUGCUUCUCGGGUGGUCUCCGCAACCCCGGCUCCAACCUCCGUCGUGUCAUCCUCGGUACCUCGAUUCAGAUGAUGCAGCAGUGGACUGGUGUCAACUUCAUCUUCUACUUCGGUACCACCUUCUUCCAGGACCUCGGAACGAUCUCGAACCCCUUCUUGAUCUCCCUCAUCACCACCCUUGUCAACGUCUGCUCCACCCCCAUCUCCUUCUACACCAUCGAGAAGUUCGGUCGUCGUCCCCUCCUCAUCUGGGGUGCUCUCGGCAUGUUGAUCUGCGAGUUCAUCACCGCCAUCAUCGGUACCGCCCGCCCCAACGACGACAUGGUCACCAAGGCCCAGAUCGCCUUCAUCUGUAUCUACAUCUUCUUCUUCGCCUCUACUUGGGGUCCAGGUGCUUGGGUCGUCAUCGGCGAGACCUUCCCCAUCUCCAUCCGGUCCCGCGGUGUCGGUCUUUCCACUGCUUCAAACUGGCUCUGGAACUGUAUUAUCUCAGUCAUCACCCCCUACCUCGUCGGUACCGACCAGGCCAACCUCGGUUCCAAGGUCUUCUUCCUGUGGGGUUCGACCUGUGUUCUUUGCUUCAUCUACGCCUACUUCAUGAUCUGGGAGACCAAGGGUCUUUCCCUCGAGCAGGUCGACCGCAUGAUGGAGGAGGUCGGAUCACCCCGUCGCUCGGCCGGCUGGCAGCCUCACGGUACCUACGCUGCGGAGUCCGGCAUGAAGGGCGGCAAGCUCCCGGUCUCGGCGCACAUCCACGCCGGGACCCAACACAUUGGUAACACCGCUGUCUAG